AACGAAAGUAAAAUUUGGAAAGUUUUUUAGCUUUAAACCAUUUUAAAAUUAAUUUAUUAUCUUAUUCACUUUCAAAUAUACGAUUUUGAUGUGUUGAGCAAUGAUGAUUAACCUGCAUAAAUGUUGUUUCAAUUCUACUUAACAACGUUAUUCCCCGUUUUACAAAUGUGAGGUUAUUUUACAAUAAACAGUAGCGGCUUAGUAUUUUUGGUAAUAGUAAUGUCCAUAAAAAUUCACCUAGAUAAUCCAGGUAUUCUUACUCCGGGAGCUACAAUAUCAGGAACUGCAAUAUGCCAUUUUGAACAUCCGGAGGUUAUAAGAGGGAUUACGUGUGUGUUUAAAGGUAGAGAAUAUACACACUGGGAUGUACAACGGUCAAGAAAUAGUGUUAAGUUCGUCGGAAAAAAUGACUUUGUGUCUCAAGAACGACGGUUUGCCCAUGCUGGGACACUACCAGCAAGAACCUACAAAUACCAAUUUGUGUUUAAUUUACCAGAUCGUCAGCUUCCUUCAUCAUUUGAUCACGAUUGUGCGGCAAUACAAUAUUUUAUCAAAGCCAAAGUCGAUAGACCAAUAGGAUUUGAUUACAAAGAUUCUGUCAGUUUGCACGUGGCCUCGCCCGUUGACUUGAAUGACUUUGUCGACCAAAUAUCUAUGAGGCCCCUUAGAAAUCAGCUAGAAGAAUUCCCAUCGUGUUGUUUCUUCACCAGUGAGCCUCUUCUUUUAGAUUUUACUAUUAAUAAGGAUGCCUUUGUUGUAGGAGAAACUAUUUUCGUAAAAAUAAAUGUAAAUAAUACAUCUAGUUUGCAUGUUUCAGAAGUCAAAUUGUCACUUAUACAGCGUUUAAAUCUUAAGGUGGAGAAUCCCGACAUACGAGAACGAGAAGAAAAUGAGGUAAUAAAUCAGGUGCGCGCAUUGGGAGUCGAAGCGCAUAGUGAAAAGGAGUAUUUUCUUCAACUAAAAAUACCACAGGACUUACUGGUUCCUUUAUUUCUAAAUUGUCGUUUAAUAAAGCAGUCUUGGGUUGUAAGGGCCAAAUUUACGUUUCAAUCCUGUCAGAGUGAUAUAAUCUGCGAAUCCAUUGUAAAAUUGGGACAUAUUGCUAUUGGUACAAGAGAUAUUGUCGCUGAUUUACCAUUAUCCGGAGCAAAUAUUUCUUCCUCUUCUAUCGAUUGGAUUCCUUCGGAUGUUUUCGUAGAACAAGAGGGAACAACUGAGCUACUAGGAGAAGUAUCAUCUGCACCUCCAUCAUAUAACGAAGUUAAUGGAUAUCUACCAAAAUACGAAACGAAAUAAAUAAGACCUGUUAAACAUUUGGUUAUUGGCACAAAAGGAUUAUAACUUAUUUUAUAAAUAUGUAAUUGUGCAAUUUGAAUAUGAAAC